GUGAAUUCUUAUUCCUUGUUGUCGAAGGACUGAGGACUGACUGCAAAUAUUUUCUACUUGACACUAUUUGUAAGCUGUAUUUUUUUAUUUUGAGAGCUUUUUUUAAGUUAUCGGGGACAUUUAUCUUCAACGUAGUAAGAUAUUGCUUUUGAAUUUUAUAUCAACCAGCAAUCAUGAGUGAGGUAGAGUCACAGCUACCAAACCCAGCACCAAUCAGUUCAGCUGAUCAGCCAAGUACCGAAACCACCACUACCAUUUCCACACCACCAGCGACAGAGGUGUCAGUUGGCCUUAAGAGGCUCCAUGUAACCAAUCUACCAUUCAGGAUACGUGACAAUGACUUGCAUGACAUGUUUGGGAAAUAUGGUGAAAUUCUUGAAGCAGAAAUAAUCUACAAUGAAAGGGGAUCAAAGGGCUUUGGAUUUGUGACAAUGACUCAAGCAGCUGAUGCAAUGAAAGCAAGAGACAAUCUCAAUGGGACUGUAAUUGAUGGAAGAAAAAUAGAGGUUAACAAUGCUACGCCAAGGCCUAAACGAGGGCCUAUGAGCACCCAACCAAACCAAGGAUCAUUUCAUGGACAUCGAGGGAUGAGAGGUGGUCGUCGAGGUAGAGGUGGCAUGGAUAGUGGUGGAUAUCAAAACCAAAAUUAUUACCAAGGUUACAAUAUGAACCAAGGAUAUUCAGCUCCACCAAAUCAAGACACAUUUCGCUAUGGUCAACAAGGACCUCAGAGUUCAUAUGGUGGGGGAUAUGGUAGUGCAUAUGGUACCAGUGGUGGUUAUCAAAAUACAAGUGCCUACACCAGUGCUUAUAACAGUGGUGCUUAUGGUGGGGGUUAUCAACAGCAAGCACCUCAGCAAAGUCAUACACAAGGAUAUCGUUAUCAACCAUACUGAAAUUAACAAUGUUUCCAACAACAUCUGAAAGUUGAUUCUGGCUGUAGUAUAUUUUAGAUAGAGAUUGAAAAUGAUCUAAUGCCACAGGCGAAAGAGUUUAUGGAAAUUUUUAAAAACCUUUUUCAGAAUUGUCAUAAACAUGUACAAACACUGUAUAAUAACAUUCAUACUGAGAAUGUAGUGAUCAAUAAAUAGAACUAAAUACUGACUGAUUUUAGUAAGAAUAUCCAGGUAAUCUGAUGCUGAUAUUUUUAGUCAAUCAACAGCAGUCAGAAGUAUUGUCAAACUAGAAAUCCAUUCUGCCAUAUUUAAUUU